AUGGCCGACACUGAGCGAGCCGCCACCACCCUGGCAACCCCCGCGCACCCAGCCGCCACCACCAACGCCGCCGCCGCCGCUGCUACCGCUUCCUCUUCCAACGGCGACGGCGACCACGAGAUGUCGGCCGUGGAUCAGAGCGCGGCCGCAGGCUCCGCCACCGCGCCCACCGUGGCAGGCGGAGCUCAGCCCCAGAGGGCCGACGUCUGCCCCGCCUUCAACACCCCCGCCGGAUGCCAAAACAGCGGAUGCCAGCUCUUGCAUCAAGCAGGCGCGGUAGACGCAGAUGGAGCCGCUCGAGACCCGGCGACGCCCGCAGCCCCCGAGAGCACCCAAGGUCCACUGCUUGUCAAGUCUUGCAAGCCCUGCAUGUGGCAUCGGGCCGGCUCCUGCCGUCGAGGCGAGGAAUGCUGGUUCACGCACGAUGUCACCUCCGGGGACGGCCGCGGUACGGAGCAACCAGGCGCAGCACAGCCCGGCGCGGCCUCCUCGUCUGCCGGACCAUCGUCUGGGCCUGCCGCUCAGGCUGCCGCCGCCUCAACUGGUCCCGGCAGCGGCAACGUCCCGGCCAAUGCCGCCAACGGCCCCGCUUCCGCCACGGCGCAGACCACACAGGAAGCUUCAGCGGACGCCGAGACUUGCAGCAUCUGCAUCGAGGUCCCCGCCAUCUACGGGCUUCUCGAGCAUUGCAACCACGUCUUCUGCCAGGACUGCCUGCGCAAGUGGCGCAAGACGCAGCGACGCGUCGAGACGUUCCGCAACUCUGACGUCACGCAGCGGUGCCCAAUCUGCCGCGCCCCAAGCCACUUCGUGGUCCCUUCCCCCAUCUCGCUGAGAGACGAGGACAAGACCAACUUCAUUGCGACCUUCAAGCAGACUCGAUCCAAGCAGCCUUGCAAGCACUUCGAGAAGAGCAAGGAGCAGCAGAACGUCCUCUUCUGCCCCUUUGGAGACGACUGCCAUUACGCUCAUCAGAUCACGCCCGACGGCCCGCGCCACCUCUUUGGCCGCGGCGCCACCGAAUGCCUGCACCAGUUCCGCCGUCGAGGCAGGGCUGGUGCCGCCGCAAACCAGCAGGGACAGCAAGCUGCAGCUCAGCGCGCACCCGCACAGCCCAUCAACGCCGGGGCUCAGCGCGCUGCUUUCGAUCCUUACGACGAACGCGCGUACGAGAUCCCUCCGGGAUUGCGGGGCAACGCCGAGGUGGAGGGCGCGCAAGCCCGUCUAUUCGCUGCGCUGGACAACCUCAGGACCAUUCGAGCCCGCACAGCGGCGCUCGCUGCAGGGCUAGGGCUGCAGACUCGUCCGGCAUCGCUCCUGAAUGCUGGUGCACAGAACCGCCCGGCUCCAGCGCUUCUCGAUCCGAGGGCAGUGCGUCCUCCGGUCCAGACGCUCAACGAGGUCCGAGCCGAACGUCGGCUGGCCGGACCAUUCUACAGAGCUGGUCCCGAACGCGCUCCGGCCCAGCGUCCCGCGGCCCAACGUCCCGCAGCCCAGCGCGAGCCUGCUCAACGCUCCGCUGCUCAGCGUGCGCCGUCCCAGCGUGCUCCGGCCCAACCGCCUCGCCCUUCGGACGCUAACCCUCUAGCCAACCCUUCUGACGGCCGUGUCGCUGGGAGCCUCGGUGGCAUCCGAGAUAGCUUGCAGGGUUUCUUCGGCAUCUUCCAGGGUCGGGCUCAGUCCGGCGCCGACGCAGCCGGGAACGCCAGCGGAUCAGGGGCCCGCCCAGGCACGCACAACGAGGGCGGCGCCGCUGGCGCCCGUCCGCCGGGAGCACGACGUGUCGCCGGCGAAGACUCGGAUUCCGACGAGGCCGUCUUCUACGACUACGAUGAAGACGUCGGCGACGCAGAGGCGCCGCAGUCGCGACGCGAUGGUCGUGCGGUCCCGGCCGCAGGUCCCAGUCGAGCCGUCGCCGCCGGAAGUGGGCUUGCGCAGGCAGCCCUGCCUUCUACUGGUCUUCAGCAGAGUGCCUCGAGCAUCCGCGAUCAGCAGGCCCGACGCGGUGCCCAGGACAGCGAUGACGACAUCUUGGACGGCGACGACCUGCUGUACAGCGACGACGACAUGGACAGCGAGGACGACUUCAUGGCUGACAUGCUCGAGGCUGCGCGCAUGAGCCUCGGCCUCGGCCCCCACGACGAGGUGCCGAUCGAGUACGUGGCUGGCCUCCAGAACACCGAGCGUGCCCGCCAGGGACAGAGGGCCGAGCCCGCACGCAGCGACCGCAAUCGGCCCGCCGCCGCAUCUGCCGCCGGCGACGGUGGAAGACCGCGCGGCGAAGGAGGACCGGCGCCGCCACGCCCCGCUGCCCGCAGUCAGCCGGACGCGGAUGGCGAUGUCGAAAUGGGCGACAGUUAG